UUCAUGAAGUUGCAUGGAAGAAAACAGACUAAUGUUCUCUGUGCAUACACAGUCUUAAGAAAAACAUGAGCAUAGUACUACAUAGUGCAAGCAGCAUGCUCGGGUGAUGAAACCAUGAAGAAAAAAGCAAGGGAACAAUCAACAUUAAAGUGAGUCUAGGGACUCCUUUGGGAGGAGUGGGGUGUGUAAUAGGGAUGGGGAUCGAAGGGAUGGUCCAGGGUGCCUGCAAUGCUCUGUUUCUAUUUUGUGAUGAAUCAGUGAGUUGUUCUUGUUGGAGCCUAUUCUUUGUAUCUUAUGUUCCCCCCACCCAAAUGUGUCAAGAGAACCAACAUAGGUAGAAGGAGGCACCAGAACCUCCCAGAACCUCCUCCCAGCCCCCAGCCACACAGUUAAACAUAACCUUCUGUGAAUUCAGGUGCACGUCUCUUCUCUCACCAAAUCAUCCCCACCUGGAGAGUGGAUGACACCCAGCUGGCAUUCCUCACUCCCUGUCUCCUGCACACCUGACUCCUGGGACCAGAGCCCUCACGGGCAAAGCUCCAGAGGUUGGCAGACCCCACCACCCUCUGGAGCAAUGGAAAAAAGGGUGAGAUACCAGCGGUGAAGAAAUCGUCCUGGCACCCAGACAGCCGCAACAAAGGGGGAAGUUUCUACCCCUUUCAAAAUUGGUCCCUUUUCCUCUGCCCUUCCCCCCAUACCAACCCUGUGUACAGCCACAGCUUCAGUUUCCCAUGUGUCCUUUGUGUCAGUCUCCCCUCAAUGUCCUUGGAAUCUUCGUCUCCCCUGCUUGAGUGUCCCCUGUGCCCAGUCUUCCUACGACACAACCUCCAACCUCCAACCUUCCUAUGAACAGCACCUCUCUCUUCCUGUGUGUCCCCUGUCACAGGGAGCUCUGGGUACCGACACCUACUGUUUCCUUGCUUGGCAGUGACUCCAGGGGUAGUGCCUGGGGCUAGUGUGUGGUCUCAUGAGCAGGGAGGGGAGACCUACCAUGUGGAUUCCAAGGGAGGGAGGACAGUUGACCUCCUCACACCUCCACCCUUGGCCUCCCCCAUCUCUCAGGUCCCUAUGUCCCCACAUGAGUUCCACAGACAUGUACGGCCUGUGAUUCAGGUGGUCUGGCCCAAAGGAAGGAACCCUUUCUCACUUUGCAAAAAAAUGACCCCAGAAGGGAGGGGCAUUGGCAGGAAGGCGGGAGAUGGGGCUCGAGCCCUGCACAGGGUGUGCAUUUGGGCGAGGCUCUCACCCUCUCUGGCCUCUAGGCCCAGGGUCCCCGGCAGUGGAGAUGCGAUGGUGGAUGGCCGAUUCCCAAGGGCUGUCCCGGCCCUGACAGCGUCUGCGUGCGAGGUUCCUUCUCUGACGAGGGCCACUGUUCUGACAUCACUGUCACCUUCCUGUCGGGGCCUCCUCUCAAUCUUGCAGCUCUUAGCUUCUGAGAGACAGACCCGGAGAAACAGGCUCCCCGGGGACCUGGCGCCUCCAAGCCCAGACAUGCUUCUGCUGCUGUUGGUCCUGCUCUGGGGGACGGAGGGGGCCGAGGGCCAGAGGGGGGCCGGGAGGGGGCCACAGGGGGAUUACUGGCUGCAAGUGCAGGACGCAAAGGGGCAGGAGGGCCUGUGUGUGCCCCGCAGAUGCUUCUCUCCCCGGGAAGGCUGGUCUGAGUCUACCCCAGCGCUCGGCUACUGGUUCCGGAAAGGGGCCGGUGUACAACAGGAUGUUCUAGUGGCCACAAACAACCCAGAUGGAAAAGUGCGGCAGGAGUCCCAGGGCCGAUUCCGCCUCCUCGGAAACCCCCAGGGCUACGACUGCUCCCUGGACAUCAGAGACGUACGGAGAGGGGACUCGGGGACAUACGUCUUUAGGGUGGAGAGGGGGCCUUCUGUGAGAUAUACUUACACACGGGACCAGCUCUCCGUGCGUGUGACAGCCCUGACCCAGACACCUGACAUCCUUAUCUCGGGGACCCUGGAGUCUGGACGCCCCAGUAACCUGACCUGCUCUGUGCCCUGGGCCUGUGCGUGGGGCGUGCCCCCCAUCUUCUCCUGGACGUCAGCGGCCCUCGCCUCCCUGGACCCCAAGACCCACCUCUCCUCUGUGCUCACCCUCACCCCACGGCUCCAGGACCACGGCACCGACCUCACCUGUCAGGUGACCUUGCCUGGGACCGGAGUGACCACAAUGAGGACCAUUCACCUCAACGUGUCCUAUUCUCCGUGGAACUUGACCGUCACUGUCUUCCAAGAAAACGGCACAGCACCCACAGCCCUGGAGAAUGGCUCAUCUCUUUCAGUCCUGGAGAGCCAGUCCUUGCGCCUGGUCUGUGUCGUCAACAGCAACCCCCCUGCCAGGCUGAGCUGGGCCCAGGGGCACCUGACCCUGUGCGGCCCGAACCCGGGGGUGCUGGAGCUGCCUCGGGUACAGCAGAGAGAUGAGGGGGAAUAUACGUGCUGAGCUCAGAAUGCAGUGGGCUCCCAGCACGUCUCCCUGAGCCUCUUGCUGCAGAGAAAAGCGUGGCCUUUAUCAGAAAGGCUGCUGGGGGCAGUCGGGGGAGCAGGUACAACGGCUCCGAUCUUCCUGGUUCUCUGCAUCAUCAUCAUCAUCAUCCUAGUGAGAUCCCACAGGAAGAAAGUGACAAAGCCUUCAGUGGGCACCAAGAAUACAGGCGUGGAGAGUGCAAACGUUGUCACGAGGUCAGUGUCUCAGGGUCUCCUGAUUGAAGCCUGGGCAGGCAGCCUUCCCCCAGAUGCCGCCACCCCCUCCUUACGGGAGGAAGAAGAGCUCCAUUACACAACACUCAACUUUCACCAGACAGAGACUUGCUGCCCACAGGAACAGGUGGCCCCUAGUAUUGAGUACUCAGAGAUCAGGAUUCACAAAUGAGAGACUGCUGAGACCCCGCCCUGGCUUGAGAGAUCUUGGCCCCUGAAGGGCAAAGAAAAAGUCAGGGGCCAAUUCCUGUAGACUUAGAAGUCCUACAGGUGAUGAGCUGUGACUACAACAGAAAGAACACAAGCUUUGUAAACAGAGUAUUUCAAGUGCAAAGUCAUAUGCUGUGCCUUUACCAAGUAAGCGACAGACCAAUCCCUGCCUUUCUGUGCCUCAGUUUCCUACUCUGUGAAAUAGGGAUGAGAAGCCUACCUGUAAGCUCAUGGUGAGAAAUUUAUAUAGAAAUGCAAGGGACCUAGAAUAGCAAAACAAUCUAGUGAAGGAAGAACACGGUUGGAGAACUCAGACUUUACUAUAAAGCUAGAGUAAUCAAGACAGUGUGGUGUAGAACGGAAUCAAGUCCGUAAACAGAGUGUGUGUAUAUGGUCAGUUGAACAGCACCAAGUCAGUUCAGUUGGGAGAGGAGGGACUUUUCAACAAGUAGUGGGAGAACAAGUAGGUCAAGGUUUAGAAACAAUGAAACUUGACCCCUUUUUCACAUCACAUGCAAAAAAUUAGUCUGAAAUGAAUCGUAAACCUAAAAGUGAAAACUAUACAUAUUUUAUUAUUGUGCUGCCCAAUAUGGUAACCACUAGCCGCACGUGGCCCUGGAGAGGUGCUACACUUAGUAUGCAA